AUGGUCCUCGGGAGCUGUUACUGCGGCGCAAUCCGCAUCGAAUACACCGGAGAGCCACUCAGAACAGCCCUCUGCCACUGCACCGACUGCCGCAAAAUAACCGGCAGCGCCUUUACAUACAACUUCGUCGCCCUGCGCUCCGACCUGCACGUCUCCGGAAAGGGUACCCCAAAGGAAGUCUCGAAGAUGGCGGAUAGCGGGAACCGGAUCGUGAAUCAUCACUGUGCGGAUUGUGGUACGCCGCUGUAUGGGUGGAAAGUAGCCGCGGAUGGGGUGUCGCAUAAGGAUGAGAUUGUGAUUCUGCGCGCGGGGAUUUUCGACGAUGAGUAUUUGAAUCGGCAUCGGCCGGAUUUGGAGGUCUAUACGAAGAAGAGGCUGGAGUGGGUUACGACGUUUGAAGGCGCGGAGCAAUGUGAGUGUAUGAUAGCGGCCUAG